AUGUCUGGAAAUAAAGGCGGAGUUCGUAGAUUUAUUUCUGAAAAAGCAGGAUGGGAAAUUCCUUAUAUACAUUGUCGAGCCCACAUAUUAUCACUUGCAUUAACUAGUAUGCGCAACAAGUUUCCUUAAAUUAAACGCAUAUUUCAUGUUUUAAAAGAUAUUUAUAAACUAUUUCAUCAAUCUCCAAAACGAGAAGAAAUGCUUCAUAAAGUACAAGUUAUAUUGAAUGAUCCAAUAUUAAAAAUACCUGAGGCAAUAGAAAUUCGAUGGUUAAGUCAUUAUAAAAUAGUUUAUGCAAUUAAACAGUCCUAUAUUGCUAUAGUUACUACUUGUGAACACAUUCAUCAAGACGGGGCGGAUUUAGCGUCUUUAGCAGGUGGAAUUUUACUAAGUCUCCGUGAAGAAAGUUUUAUAAUACUUUUGUGUGGAUUGGAUGACAUAUUAGGCGCAAUUUAAAAUUUAAGCUUAACAUUGCAAGGUACAAAAAAUUCGUCAUUUCAAGUUUACCUACAUUAAUUAAAAGUACUACAUGUCAUUUAAAUAAUAUUUUAGAAAGUUUGAAACAAGAUGUUGUGAACAAAAGUAGUAUUAUUAAAAACCCUACAGAUAUUUUAAAUCAACUUAAUUCAUCGAGAAAAGACGAUUGUUUCAAAGAAACUUUAUCUUGUCUUUCAAUUUUUUUAGAACAAACCAUAAAAGAAAUGAAUCGUCGAUUCAAUGAUACUGCUUUAACACUUUUUGAAGGAUGCUCAAUAUUUGAAAAUUACAGAUCAUUUUCAAAUUCAUCAAUAAAAAUAAUAGAACAGUUGUGUAAUUGUUUCUACUUAAAUGAAAACGAAAAAGAUGGAGUUUUAUCAGAUUAUAAGUCGUUUAUGUUUGUAGCUUUACAGAAAGUAGAAACCCAAGAAUGUCCAAUAACUGACCUCCUUGAAGCUAAUAUUGGUUAUAAACACCUAAAAAAAUUAGGAGAAUCCAUUUGCUGUGUUCCAAUUGCAACAGCCACAGUGGAAAGGUCAUUUAGUGCAAUGAAUAGAAUUAUGACGAAACUUCGCAACCGAAUGGGACAAGAUACUCUUCAAUAUUAUAUGAAUAUUAGUAUAGAAGGCGAUGAAGAUCCACCCAUGGAGUAUAUCGAAAAGGUGAUAGAUUUAUAUGCAAUAAAAAAAAAUCGCCGUAUACGCUUUAAAUAA